UUCUAUUUAUAGUAAUCAUUUACGCCUAUGUCCGUGCAUAACUCUUAUUCUCAAUCUAAAUAUUGAUUUGAAACUGUAGCACGCAAUUAUACCGAGAGUAAUCUUGCGCUACCAGUAUACGCAAAGCAUCCAGACCGCGAACAUACGGAUCAUACGGGCGCACUCUGAAGACAUUACUACGAAUUCAGCGUAAACAAACCAUUACUAGAUGUGCUACCCGUAUCCAUGGAGGCAGGUCGCGCGCGUAACCGUGACGACAACCCCGGCUUGCCGACUUUGAGUCUCGGACUGUCCAGUGUUCGUCACAUUGUCACAAAACUCGAGGCUGAAUACGCUCGUGCCGUAACAUCUAACGUUUAUAAAAGUGAAAUUGUCAAAUACAACCCGUGCACAGAACACAGCAACGACUACUAUGACUUCGCUUUCGAUCCGAAAGUGCAUUUGUUAAAUAGAUUCGUUGUUAACUUGGGGGUGGCGCUUAGUAAAUGCAUACCAAGUGUUACUUUAGCUAACUUCGGUUUUAUAGCCGUGACAACGGGGUUGUUUGCUCCGAGGAUGAUCUCAUAUCUGGUCGUGUAUCCAUUUUGCAGAUUAGUAUUUGGGACUCUCUACCCGGCGUAUGCCUCAUACAAAGCUGUACGGACGAAGAACUUGAAAGAAUACGUAAAAUGGAUGAUGUACUGGAUCGUGUUCGCCCUAUUCACAUGUACGGAGACAUUCACAGACGUGUUUCUGUCUUGGUUCCCUUUCUAUUACGAAGUGAAGAUAGUACUUGUAUUAUGGCUGCUGUCGCCAGCCACCAAAGGGUCUUCGAUUCUCUACAGAAAGUUUGUCCACCCAGCGCUGUGCAGACGAGAGCAGGAGAUCGAUGAGUACAUAGCCAAAGCCAAAGAUCAGGGUUACCACACAGUGCUCAAUUUGGGCACAAAAGGAGUCAACUAUGCUACAACUGUUAUUAUGCAAACUGCUAUCAAAGGUGGUGGUGGUCUAGUGCAGCAGCUCCGCAAGAGUUACAGCCUGUCGGACCUGAGCGAGUGCGAGCCGCGCGAGGAGCGCGCCGCGGACGAGGCGGACGACGUGCUCGCCGAGCCGAGGCUCAUCAGGCGCUCGGUCAAGAGCGGAUAUGCGACUCGGCGGAGCGCAUCGGAGUCGAACAGUCGUUCGCCGAUGUACUUCCCGGAGGUAGACGUGGACGUCCGUCCUGCACGAGGACGCAUGGAUGAACCAGAUUUCAGCCACAUAAAGUCGACGGAGGACAUCAGCUCGGGCUACUCGAGCGCGGAGAACUCGUCGUCGCUGACGCGCACGUCGUCCGUGGGCGGCGCGGGGCGGCGCGCGCGCGCCUCGCGCACGGCCGUCACCGCCAUCAAGCGCCCGCCCGCCGCCGAGGAUAAUCAAGUUAUCAUCGAGGAGCACCACGACGACGAUAGUAUAGAUUAUACAAAUAUGCCCCCUCUCGUUAAUUUUUCGUCUCCCCUCUUCUUAUCCCACACCGAUCCUCCGUUUAUAUACCAAUAUGUCGAAGACCAGGUUAAAAUUAUACAAGUACUAGGUAAUUAUCCAUUGAGCAAUAACUCUAACAACCACAAUGGUAAUUCAGAUAAACGGGACCAAACAGAAGCCACUGUGGAGACUCAAACGUCGUCAGUAAACAAUUAUCCAGAGAAUGAAAGCAUUGAUAGAUCUAAACAAACAGAAGAAACUGUAAAAAAAGACUCGAACACAGACAUUCCUAUCGAUAUUGAUAGUAAGCCUAGUAAUAGUAAUAAUACGAAAGAAUAUGAAGAUAAUCAAUUAUCCAAUGAUAUUAAUAAAAAUUGUAAAUCAGAUAAUAACUUUAUUCAUACUAUUGACAAUACAAACACAUCGUCUAUUGAUGCGCAAGCAUCAGUUGGCAAUGUCUCUGAAGAAGUAACUGAUUCAAGUUUCUUUGAUACAUCACCAAAUGACGGCGAAAAAAUAGAGAGUGACGAAGAAGCAUCGUUUGAAACACCCAUAUCAACACCUAAAAGUAGCAGAAAAUUAAUAAAAGGCAAAUAUGGGAAAAGUAAAGCUCCUCUUCCACCAAAAGCAAACGAGCUUGAAGGAGAGGAAUUACACUCUAAAACUGCGCCAAAUAGUGAGGAUAGUUUAAUUAAUAUUAAUCCAAAUAUUCUUGAAAAAGAAAAUGAGAGCCUGGAAACUAUAAAUGCUCAAUUUUCUAUUGCAAACGAAGUAGUGGAUGAUAUUAUAAAAAAAUCACAAGAAUUUAGUCUUGAACUUAAUGAGGAUUCUGAGCCUGACAAAGAAAGAAGUCGCAAAUCUAUCUCUCCUGCAAAAGUUUCUAAAGGAAGCUCAGCUUUAGGAAAACUAUUUCAACUACCAAGUAAAUUAGUGUUUUGGCAUAAAACUGACGAUAAAUCAAUAACUGACACAAAUUUGUCAGAUAUCAGUAGGAAAUCGUCUAUUGAAAAUAUCAAUGACGAAUUCCAAAGUUGUCCUGACUUAAAUACACAUAGCUAUAAAAAUGAAAUUCCUCAAAUUGAAAUUACACAAGCAUCAUUCGAAGACGACGCUAGUGGUGAAAAAGCUCCAAAUGAUAUUCUAGAAAAGAGUGACGCUCUACAAAAAGUUAUUAAUGAAAAGUUAGAAAAUCAUCCUGAGUACAAACUCGUUUCCUUACACGAAGAAAUACCGACCACAUCAAAAUGCACUGAUGUGUAAUUGUCGAUCCUAUAUCCGAAUCCAUUUCUGAUACUGAGGCACAGCAUCGAACAGCAAUGCUGUCGUCCUCUGCUACAAUACCUCGCGCAAAAAAGUCUAAUAAAAGGAAAACACAAUAGAUCGAAUUGUAUCCAUAUAGGCAUUAUUAUAAAACCGUGCAAAUAUUAUUUAUUAAAAACUAUCCGCGUUUGCUAAAACAAGAUAUAUUUAAAAAAAAUACAGUAAAAACUAUGAUAUAGUUUCGCGUAGUCCUUCGUGUUAACUUGCUAUAAUAAUGUAGAUAGUCUCGAAAUAAUCUAAAUAUGUAUUUAUUUGAACACUUGCCUGCAUUCUCUAGAAAUAUUUGCUAUUCGUUGAUUCCAUUAAAUUUAAUUCACACAUCAAAAUGUGAUGCAGAAGUUCGGUAUAAGACUCAGUCUAAUUCUAGAUUUUGAAAAUGAAAUAAUCAUGUCAUUUACAUAUCAUUUUAAGACUCCACGCCAGUUACGUUGAUUUUGUAUGCCUUCUAUAAUUUGUUAUAUAUUAAUGUUUAAAUAUAAUAUAUAUAUCUAUAUAUAUAAUUAAUAAAUAUCUAAAUAAACUAUUUAUUAAUUAUCAUAUGAUUAAAUUGUAGUUUGUAGACUUACCUGUUGAAGCUGUGACCAUUUUGGCUUUAUUGCCAGGAUUCAGUAUUAAUGAAAGAUCAAAAAUUAAAUAAUUUUAAUUUAACAGUAAAGGUCCACCGCAUGGCUACACUAGGCUACAGGCAAAUCGAAUGACAAUGCUAAAUUAAGUUCAUAGCUCCUGCGCGAUGACAGCUAUUGUAGAUAGAUACGUUAAAUCGAGUAUUACUCUCUUGUGCAAUAAUGCUUUACGACUUAGAAAACUAAAGUUACCAACUUAGAAUACCUUUAAAUUGUAUAAACAUAGCUAAGCUAUGAAGCUUGCCCAAAUACUUAACUUAACCUUUUACGGUACAUCAGGCACGUGCAAUUAUCAAAGGACAUUUCUAAGCAUGUAAUGCACAUGUUAUGUAAUUUUUAUAAGAAUUUGAGUUCAUUCUCAAAAAAAAAAUGUUUGCUAAGCUGAUAAUGUUAUAAAUGUGAAACAUUUCGUUUUCGCCUUCAGCCAAUAAUAAAUGGGAUGGGAAUACAAAUAAAUGUAAAAUAUAACAUAACAUCAAUCGAUGUUAUAAUAAAUAUUUAUUGUACUUUAUUUAUAAUUUGAUUUUUGACAUUUCGUUACUAGUUUUAUUGACAUAAAAAAACCUUUCAUCAACUAAUUGGUAAUUUAUAAUUUUAGCCAAAAAAUGCCAAAAUAAAUGACUCAAAUUUAGACUUUUUUGUAAUAUAGAUUUAUAAUAAAUAUUAAUUGAAAGACGGAGACUAGUUCUAAUUAUCUAUAUAUUUGCUGAGAGACAUUAAGUGAAUAUCAUGAUUAUAGUCUAAUAGUUAAAUAGGAAAGAAAUAUGGACUUUUUGUCUCUGAGCAUGCUAGAAAUAAUCUUGUCUUGAGGCUGUCCGUAUGUACCAGUAUACUAAAAAUUUCAAUUAAUUUACGAUAUCUUUUAUUAUAUUAUAAUUUUAUUUUCAUUGCAUCAGAUUAAUAACAAAACUACGUGCAGUCUCCAAUGUAAUUAAAUUAGACUAAUCUUUUAAUUUAUUCACAUUCAAACGAAACACAGUGAAAACAUUAGUUAUUUCGCGUUUUUAUUUGAAUAAGUUUAUAAUCUACGUCCACGUCAAUAAUUUAAAUGGCGUUCAUCCAAUCAUUAUUUUUCUCUAGGCCAGAUUCUUAUUGCUUAUGUGUUAACAAUAAAUACUCAUGAAAUGGCUAUAUUAUGGUAAUAGAUAUUAAUUUAUUUAUUUAUUUACUUCGGCUAUUUGCAGUUAUAUAACUUCGGUACAUAUGGUUCCUUAAUUAUGUAAUUAAGUUGUUUCUACAAUAUUUUUAUAUAUUAUCAUUGUGUUCAUUGAGAUGAUAUUGUGAUAAUUUUAUUGAUUUCCUUUAUUUUAAAAUAUAAUAUCUUUAUGAAGAAAUACUUUAUUUUAUUUAUGUAUUUCUAAAGCUUAGCUUACUGUUACAUAGCAUUGUUAUGCAAGUGUUUUAAAAAGUAUGCUAAGAGCCUGUAUCCCAAAUGAAUUUGUGUUUGAUUAAAUAAAAUAAGAGUG